GAUGAAAAUAUCAAACGAAAAAAAUGUGAAAAUAAACAUAGGUUUCCAGUUAAAUAUUUGCCCAAAAUGUGAGAAUAAAGGGUUAUGAUAAUGAUUAAUAAUAGCUUGUGGCAUAAGGACAUGCUCACUCAAAAAAGAAAAUGUUUUCAGUUAAAUAUUUGCUUUCAUUGAGCUUUUUAAAAUAGGUGAUGAUCCUGUUCUUAUUUGUCAAAGUCAUCAAUUUUAUUGAAUAGGGAUAAAAUAAAUCAAUUCGAGUCUCUUGAGAUAUCGUUGUCUAAAUUCACUCAAAUAGUAGCUAUGGCCAUUUUGUAGCUUUGAAACAUCAGCACUUCAGAAAUGGAUUAUCUCUGUUUCACAGGAGUUGGAUAGUUAUACUAUGCCCAACGUGAGGCAACAGAUAUUGUCAUGUUAUUCCCAUGCCGUGUCUCAUGCCCAUGCUGUUAAAUAUGCUUUGGCAAUUCAUGGUUUUAGCUUCUAAUGAUGUGCUGCUCUUCUAUCUGCUGGCAAAGCUUCUUGGACGCCAUUGUUUAUGACCUUAUUUAAUCUUUUAAAUUUAAAAUAAGUAAGCGAUUCCACUUUAUAUUAGCUUUUUGGUAAAUUUACAAAGCUCUGUUUUCUUUUACCAAGUAAAAGGAGAAACAUAAUUUUUUUUCAUUUAUUUUAAAACACUCUAAUUUUUUUUUUUAAGUGCUCAGUUCUGUGGGUUUCCAGUAGCUAGAGUGCAACACAUUUCACUACCCACCUUUCUUAAAGCCAGCAUAAUAUAAUAGUGUUAUUUGGAUUCAUAUCAUUUAAAUAAGGAUAAAAGUAACUGCCUUGCCAUUUGUCAUUGACAAUGGCAUUAAUGAUAAUUUGCAAAUUUUUGUGGUUAAUUGCACCAGAGCUCAUGCUUAACUCAUGACCUUCUGACAGAGUCUGUUUUGAAUGAUUUCUUAUUCAUCUAUCUGAUAGAUUUUGUUUCUAUCUGCAACUCAUUAGGCUUUCAUAUCUGUCUAAAAAGAAGUGCCCCCCUUCCAAGAUCAUCUCUUCCAACUUAAGCUUAAUUUUCCUUCUAGUUUCCUUCUUUUUGGCUGUUUCUGUUUUGCUCUCAACAGAAAAUGACUUUGCCAAUUCUCAGAGGAUUGCACCAGGACUAUUUGGAUUCAUUGCUUGAUGAGGGUAUAAUAAACGAUCAGUUUAAUAGAAUUCAUUCUCAGAGAACCGAGGAAUCAGAUUUUGUUGUUAAGCUCGUUGAAGCAUACUUCAGAGAUGUAGAAGCAAUCCUUUCAGAUCUUUCAAGUCAUGCUGAUGAGUCAAAUGUUGACUUAACCAAGUUGUCUGCGCUUCCUCGUGAAAUACAGGAUAAGAGCACAAGCAUUGGUGCAGAGCUUGUUAAGCAUGCAUGUCGUGAACUGAUUCAAGCUUGCGAUGAGAACCAUAAAAGAAAGUUUGAUCGAAGCCUGAUGUGGGUACAAAGUGAAUUUAGUCUUACCAAGACCAAGUUGGAGUCUUAUGUUCGGAUGGAGCGAAGGAUAAUCAGAUACGUGGAGUCAAAAUCACAAUCUUCAUCCUCGAGUUGAAUUCUCUCCUUCAGUUAGAUCAGAAGAAUGAGGAUGACGCCUCCAAGAUUGAAAUAAUGGGGUAGAAAACUGUUAACUGAAUAUUUUAAUGCCGCUUCAAGCUGUAUUGGUAACUGAAAUUGCUUGUAAGUUAAAACUUUAAAAAACGAGGAUGGUGCUUUCGAAAUCAAAGCCGUUGGUGAAAGUAUCACGUAUUGCCCUCUCUUCAGAUCUUAAA